UUGGGGACAGCGGUGCCGGACGAGGAGGGACAGGAAAGCGUGACCGGCAGCGUGUGCCGGGGGAAGGCAGGGCCCAUUCUCCCGGCCCCAUAAAGCCCCCGGGAUCCAGCUGGGGCUCGGGGCUGUGGCAGGACCCGCGGGGCUGGGGACAGGCUGGGUGGCUGUGGCAGGUGGCUCUGCCCCGGGAAGGGGAGGAGGCUGGCAGCGCUCCCAGCCCGGCCAGCAUCCCUCCCCGCCGGCAGCGAUGCUCAGUCCCGGCUCAGCCUGGCAGCAGUGCAGGCAGGGAGGGCACACGAGAGGAGGUGCUUCGAGGAGCAGUUUGGGGUCAUUGCUGGAACACCUCUGCUGUGAGGCCGGCCUCUUCGGAGUCUCCUUGUCCUUCCCUGCAGCCUGAGGAGGACAUGGGCGAGAACAACCGGACGGAGCCUUGGCACCACAGCCUGCAGGCAGUGCUGAACGCCUUAAACCAGACGCUGCAUGGGGCCAUCCCCUGCCCCGGCCAGGCCCCGGCCGGCACGGCGGGGACCACACACGGUGGCCACGCCGGCCGCAACGACAACGCCUACAUGUACAUCCUCUUCGUCAUGACGCUCUUCGCUGCCACUGUGGGCAGCCUCAUCCUGGGCUACACCCGCUCCCGCAAGGUGGACAAGCGCAGCGACCCCUACCACGUCUACAUCAAGAACAGGGUCUCCAUGAUCUGAGCCUGGCCCAAGCCUUGUCCCCGGGGAGCCGCUGGCCUCGGGGUCACCGUGCUGCGUGUGUCCUGCUCACUGUGGGAUGCGACAGUGCUGCUGGCCCCAAAGCUUCUGGGAACCCCCCAAAGCUGCUGAGAACCCUCCAAAGCUGCUGGGAACCCUCACCAUGGAGGAGCUCAGUCCUGGUGUGAGCAGCACUGGGAUGUCCUGGCUGGCAGGAGCUGGGACAACAUGACCUGCAAGCAGGUCCUGGUCCUGCAGACCCACCUCAGCUCCACCUGCAAGCAGGUCCUGGUCCUGCAGACCCACCUCGGCUCCACCUGCAAGCAGGUCCUGGUCCUGAAGACCCACCUCGGCUCCACCUGCAAGCAGGUCCUGGUCCUGCAGACCCACCUCGGCUCCACUGUGGGUAUGGGGAUGGCAGGGGCAGCUCCUUCCCCACCGUGGCCUGCAGGGGCUGACAGGAGGCUUUGAGGAGAAUAUUUCUUCAUUCCCUACUCAGAUCAGCCAGCGUUGACCUCCCUGGGCUCCCAGCAGCUGUGACAGUGGUUCACGGGUUUUUUCUGGUGCUGAAACCCUGUAAUGUUUGAGCUGGGCUGGGCCCUACUUUUCUGGCAUGGAAUUAAAGGAGGUGAUGGGUUCCA